AAUAACAAUAAAAACAAACGGAGCGUCGUGACUGCAGGCUUGAGCCUUUUUUUUUUAUUAUUUUUUUUUUUUUUCCAUGAAGAUAGUGCCAGGCAGUCAUCUGCCCGAUUCUAGCAGAAAAGCAAAUGAUAAAUUUCUGCUCAAAGGCUUCACAGCUGAAAUCAUUACUUUUAUGUAGGCUUUUGGGGAAAUAUCAUGAAGGAUAAUGGGGGAGAGUGUACGAUAUUACAUCUAUCUCAUAAUCUGAAAGAAGAAUAGAAUUUGGAAUAAUGGCAACAGGAGACCUAAAAGGAAGUCUAAGAAAAAUAGAACAAGGACUUCGCUUGUUAAAUUAUCCAAGAGAUGUAGAUUAUACAAUGUUAGUGAAGGGUGAUCCAACUUCAUUUUUACCUAUCAUCAGUUAUUGUUUUACAUCUUUCUCAACUCAAAUAGCAGAACUUCUGGUAAAGUGUGAUGUGGAGCUUACAGCAAAGAGUGACUUGCGUUUUAUUGAAGCUAUUUAUAAGCUUCUUCGAGAUCAAUUUCAAUAUAAACCAGUUUUAACAAAACAGCAGUUUCUUCAGCUUGGCUUUGCAGAGCGAAAAAUACAGAUUGUUUGUGACAUUAUCAACUGCGUGGUGAAAAAGCAUAAGGAAUUAAGUAACUUGAAUAAGGUUAAAUCCCAAAUGAGGAAGAAACUCAGACCUUUAAAGUGUGAAAUAUGGUCAAACUGUGGUACUGUCCCUGCUGGUCCCAAUGGCAGUGCUGUGAAUUCCAAACAGGUACCUCAAGUAGAACGGCACUCAGGGAGUGAAGUUAGCGAUGACCUUCAUCCAGCGCCCCUUUGUUCAGCACCGCUUCAUCCACCACCCCUUCCAGACGAGGGAGGUAAUGAAGAAUUGUGCAUAGAUGAUGAUGUUGUGGAAGUUAAAUGUGAACAAGUCAUAGAAGAUAAUUCUCAGAUUGAGUUCCUAAGGACCCAGCUUGCUGAUUGCCAGGAGAAGCUUCAUAAACUAGAUUGGAUUGAAGAUAGGCUACAUGCUGUAGAAGAGCGACUGAAAGGAAAGAUUACUAUAGACGAGAAGGACUGGAAUAAUUUGUUGAGCCGAGUUUUGCUCCUUGAAACAGAAUUACUGGUGCAGUCCAGAAAGAGAGACUUGUCAUCAGAGUUCAGCAAUGUAUGUCAAGAACGUACUUCUAAUACGUUUCCAGAUUCUCCUGAUACAGAAAGGAAGGAGGAGAUGCCAGAGAGUCUUCAUCAGUCGUCUGGAUACAGUUCACUAUUAUCCACAGACGCAUCUCCUAAAGCCAUGACCAUUAAUUCUCAUGGUCUGACAGACAUUUCAAAGGAGACAACAAGAGAAAGAAUGGAAAGGAUAAGUAAAAUAAUAGAAGAAACCUCAGAAUUGUUGAAAACCUCAAGUAAGGCUUCUGAGAAGACUUGAAAGAACAGGUCUUCAGACCUGGUCUCUGUAGACUUAUGGAUAUCAAAAUUAAUAUGUAUGUUUGUACAGCAUUAAAUUUUUAAUAUAUUGCUGGUGCUUAUACUCCUUUCAAUAAAUAUCUUUUAAUGCAUCCGUGUA